AACAAAACACACAAAUAAUAAAAAUGCCACUAGUAAACAGUUGAAAAUUGGCCAAAAAUCAUUGUUAAAACUAUUGGGAUUAUAUUAAGAAAAAUUUGGAAUUUUUACGAUUAAACAUAACUUAAAGAAAAAAUGGAUGAUUAUGAGGAACAGGGAAGUGUAUCGAAUAUGGCCCGUAAGGAGGCCUCACCCUCCAAGGUAGGCUGUAAAGUGGGUGGAUGGCGAUAUGAGGACUCAACACGUUACAUAGGCGAGUGGAAUCAACGUGGACAAAAACAUGGUUUAGGUCAUUUAGUAUUUGCCGAUGGCACUCGUUAUGAUGGACAAUUUUUCGAGGGUAUGAGUCAUGGUUUGGGCUGUAUGUGGUUUGCAGAUGGAGCGAAAUAUGAGGGAGAAUUUAUGAAUGGUUGGUUUCAUGGUCAUGGCAUAUUUUGGCGAGCCGAUGGCAUGAAAUUUGAAGGUGAAUUUCGUGGUGGCAAAAUCUGGGGCCAUGGUUUGGUAACAUUUCAAGAUUUUUCACAUGGUUUCCCACGAAACGAAGGCUAUUUCCAAGACUGUCGUCUGCUGCGUAAACGUCGCUGUCCAGAAGUAGUACAAAAAGCCCAAAAAUGUGCUCUAAUGGCUAGAUCUCAAUGUGAUCAUCCUUAUUAACAGAAAACAAGUGUAAUGAAAUCAAUAA